ACAUUAAGUACUCUGCUCGACCAAUGUAAACACCUGAAGGUUGGUGAACAUCUUGUCCUUCCUGUGUUUUUUCUCUGUGCAUAUUUUGUUCUGUGUUAGCAGCUACUGUGAAGAUCACGGUCGCCUGUAUAGGGUGGUAGAGCCUGAGAUAACUUUUGCUUUAAAAGGCACCAAGCCUCUCCACCUAGAAAUGGCAGCAAAGCUGCUAUGUUCUGGGGAACGAGUAAUUGUAGUUUAUACAAGAAGCUUACAGUCUCUCUGUUGUGGAAUAAGAAAAUUUUCAAGUCAAGGUCUUAAUGACUCAAAUGAAACAACUUCUAAACCUGAUGUUAAGGAAGUUUCAGGAGAACCACUCAAUUCAUGGUUAGACAUCAAAGCAGGAAUAUUUGGUCCAAGUGACCAACGCCUUCCUCUUCCUGGUAACAUUGGGCUCUGUCAGCAGCUGGAGCCUUGCCAGCUGCCACCUGUAAUAUAUAGGAAUCAGGGGAACUUGAAAAUUGCCCCAGAUAUUCUGACUAAAAAAACCAACCAUGAGCACCAGAUACAGGCUCUUGAUCAGUGUAACCCAACUGAGGUAACCAGAGUUGUUGAAAAACACAUACAAGGCAACAUCCCAGCAAUGCCUCAUCCCUCUGACAUCUUGGAGUGCAAGGCCCAGCAGUGUCCUGAUCUUGUGAAGAAAGAUUUUCUAGAUUUAUUUCCUAGGUAGUAACAUAAAGGAUGGUCCACUGGCUGUUGUCACCCUGAGCCAGAAGACGCAGCAUGACAUGGGUAGCUGGUCCGAAGAAAUGGAGCUAGGCCGAGGAACUUAUAGAAUAUUUCAUCCUUGCUGCUGAAGACAUAUGCAGUACCUUACAGGCAGAUGGCUACUGGGCUGAUUUUAUUGACCCCACGUCUGGCCGGCCAUACCAUGGACAGUUCACCAAUGCUACAUUGUUUGAAACCGAUGAACGCUAUCGC